AUGGAGGAUCGGUUCAACACACCUACUACUAACGUCAUAGAGCUCGAGGCCAUGGGACAUCGACUCCGGGUUACCCAGGACCCCAAUUCCAAGCACGUGGGCACGACUGUGUGGGACUCCAGCAUUGUCGUCCUCAAGUACCUGGAGCGGCACAGUAACAAGGGGGAGUUUUCCCGGGCAAAGCUCAAGGGCAAGCGGGCCAUAGAGCUGGGGGCUGGCUGUGGCCUCGCUGGCUUGGGGUUUGCGCUGCUGGGGUGUGACGUGGUGCUGACAGACGAGGCGUUGGUGCUGCCUCUGCUGUUCCGCAACGUUACCCGCCUGCAGUCCCAGGCCGCCAUGGACGCUGCUGCUGACUCCUUCCUCGGCAGUGUGGGAUCAGUGGAGGUAGCAGAGCUAUGGUGGGGCAACGCACAUCACAUAGCCCAAGCCGGCCCGCCUUUUGAUGCCAUCGUUGCCACUGACGUGGUGUAUGUAGAAGACUCUGUCCCGGCUCUCCUCGCAACCAUGCUUGCUCUCUCCCAUCCCCGCACUCCCAUUCUCCUUGGGUAUGAGUUCCGCUCGGCCACAGUGCAUGACCGCCUGCACGCAUACGCGAAGCAGAUGUUUGACGUCAAGAAGGUCCCUGCUACCAAGCUCCAUGCAGAGUACCAACACCCGUCCAUCGAUGUGUUCAUCAUGAAACGCAAGGCCGCGCCCACACUGCCUCCUGAAGUGAGAACGAUUCUUGAAGAGGUGCAAUUCAUGAUGACGAAUCAGGGCCUGCCAUGUGUCCACAUCACCAGCCUUCUAGACAGCACAGCAAAACCAGGAGAAUCCCCUAGCAAACAACAUCCAGAGCAAGGGGACAAGGAAGAAGUUCCCGAGGAGGUUGUAGGGAAGAGAGAUAGUUCGCAAGAGGAAACAACGGAAGAGGAAGACGAGGAGGGGAGGAACGGAGGAGGGGAGAGUGAGGGAGACGGUGUGUUUGCUCGUCCGUCAGUGGACGAGUUUUUCCCAAGCCCGUGCGGCCAAGAUGACCAGAUAUUUGCUCGCAAGGUUCACCAGGAGACGCUUGCAAGACGAGGAGAGAGUGAGGGGGGGGCGUUGCCAUCGAGUCAAGAAAAUGGGAGUGAGGAGUGGGAAGAGCGGAGAUCAGGAGCCAUGGCUGCAAGAUUACUUGCGGAUGUGAAGGUCCCGUCCGGUUCCAGUGGGUGA